AUGGGCGACACACUUUCACUCCGGGGUACACUCGAUGCUACAACAUCGGAAAACCCUGAAAUGAUUUUAUCUUCUUCUCGCGAUAAAACCAUUAUUGUUUGGCGACUGACACGAGAUGAACACAAUUACGGAGUUCCUCGCAAAUCCUUAACAGGUCAUAAUCAUUUUGUACAAGAUGUUGUAAUUUCGUCAGAUGGACAAUUUGCCUUGUCAGCCUCUUGGGAUAAGACGCUUCGAUUAUGGGAUUUGAAUACCGGAACGACUACUCGUCGAUUUGUUGGGCAUGAAAAAGAUGUUUUGACAGUUUCUUUUUCGCCGGAUAACAGACAAAUUGUUUCAGGAUCAAGAGAUAAAACCAUCAAAUUAUGGAAUACACUUGGUGAAUGCAAAUUUAAUAUUCAGGAGGAUGGACAUACUAAUUGGGUAUCUUGUGUUAGGUUCUCGCCAAAUCCCUCCAAUCCAGUCAUUGUAUCAUCCGGUUGGGAUAGACUUGUAAAGGUAUGGGAACUUGGAAAAUGUAGACUUAAAACUAAUCAUCAUGGACACAGUGGAUACAUUAACACUGUUACCAUUUCACCAGAUGGAUCACUUUGUGCAUCCGGCGGAAAGGAUGGUAUUACAAUGUUAUGGGAUUUGAAUGAAGGCAAACAUUUGUAUUCAUUAGAAGCAAAUGAUAUCAUAAACGCUUUAGUGUUCAGUCCAAAUAGAUAUUGGUUAUGUGCUGCCACUACAUCUUGUAUUAAGAUUUGGGAUCUUGAAACUAAAAAAGUUAUUGAUGACUUAAAACCUGAUUUUACAGAAACUGGCAGACACUCAAAAGAUCCCGAGUGUAUCUCUUUGGCUUGGUCACCUGAUG